GAGUAACCCGGAGAGAUAGGCGGAUCCGCCUCUUCCCUUAAGGUUGCGCCGCCUCGUAUCAGUGCGUGUGUAUUUUUUUUUUCCCUCCUGUUUUUUUGUAACCGUAGCUGGAUGUGUAGGACGUCAUAUGUUGUUUUUUUUUCCCUCCUCUUCACUUCAGCCACUUAGUGAUAUGGGUUAUUUACUGCUUAACAGCUCGUACAGUCGGCGAAACUGCGCGCCGGGAGAGAGAUAAUAUCAAGUCUGGGCUGGGUAUCCAAGUUGGUGAGAGUUUUUGUUUCUCCAGCGCUGGAAGGAUGGCGAGUCCGCCGCCAGCAGUCGGACACUCGGUUUCCAGCAGCAACAAUGUUUCAAAGUGUGGCUACUUGAAGAAGCAGAAGCACGGGCACAAGCGCUUUUUCGUGCUGAAGGCGCAGAGCGACGGCUUCCCAGCGCGCCUGGAGUACUACGAGAGCGAGAAGAAAUGGAGGAACAAGGCGGCUGCGAAGCGGACCAUACCGCUGGACUCGUGCCUGAACAUUAACAAGCGCGCGGACGCCAAGUACAAGCACCUCAUCGCGCUGUACACCAAGGAUGAGUACUUCGCCGUGGCCGCCGACAACGAGCACGAGCAGGAGAGCUGGUUCGGAGUGCUGACGGAUCUGAUGAACCAGGGCCGGGCGUGUGAGGGCUCUGCGUCUCACUCGGCUUCUUCACUGCUCGGGUUUGACGAGGCGAGCUACGGCGUGGUGACGCCGCUGAGCGCUGCGUAUAAGGAGGUCUGGCAGGUGAACCUGAAAUCCAAGGGCCUCGGGCAGAGUCGGAACCUGACCGGGGUGUACCGGCUGUGCUUGUCAAGCCGCACGAUCAGUUUCGUGAAGCUCAACACGGACGUGGCGUCUGUGAUUCUGCAGCUGAUGAACAUCCGGCGCUGCGGCCACUCGGACAGCUUUUUCUUCAUUGAGGUGGGCCGGUCAGCCGCGACGGGCCCCGGGGAGCUCUGGAUGCAAGCAGAUGACUCGGUGGUGGCGCAAAACAUCCACGAGACUAUACUGGAAGCUAUGAAGGCUAUGAAGGAGCUGAUGUGUGAGUUCCGGCCGCGCAGCAAAAGCCAGUCAUCAGGCACGAAUCCGAUUUCAGUGCCCGCAAGGCGGCAUUUAAAUCACUUACCGCCGAGUCAGACAGGACUGCCGCGCCGGUCCCGGACAGACAGCGUGGCCGCGUCAUCGCCCGGAGCCAAAUUUGCGUCAUGCCGGAUGCGCGCGGCCAGUGAGGGCGACGGCACGACGACGCGGCCGGUGUCGCUGUCAGUAGCAGGAAGUCCCGUCAGCCCCGGAGUCAACCGGACACAUCUGAGCCGAUCCAACACCGUGGCAGCCCGCCCUUGUAGGACGUUUGAAACCUCCUCUCUCCAGCAUAGUAAGUCCAUAUGCAUGCCUGUGUCUCAUUCGCCUCCCUCGGUUGCUGCCAGUCCCGUCAGUGUGCCCUCCAAUGGUGCCCACCCGGCCAGCUGUACAGCCUCCAUCGCCGGCUCACCCAGUGAUGCCGGGUUCAUUUCUUGUGACGAGUGCGGCUCCAGUCCAGGAGAUGCACCCCACACGUUACCCGGUCACCGCAGCUCUACGCCAGAGUCCUUUGCCGAGACGCCUCCGUCACGGGAUGGCAGCGACUUGUACGGCUACAUGAUCAUGGACAAGCAGGGUGUUUUCGCACACAGCCACAGCAGACGUGGCACUCACAUGGUGGAAGAGGUUAUCAGGGACCUAGAGAAAGUCUACAGAAAGAGGACGUACUCUCUCACUAUGCCUCACCAGAAGAGAGUGCAAUCCCAGGUGUCUUCUGCCUCACUGGACGAGUACACGCUCAUGAGGGCCACGUUCAAAAAUACUGGCCAUUCAGGACGCAGUUCGCACACUGCAUCCCCUAAAGUGGCGUACCCUGAGGAUUAUGGUGAUAUUGAAAUUGGCUUAUUACAAAAAAGCUCCAGUAGUAAUCUGGGUGAUGAUGGAUACAUGCCAAUGACACCUGGUGUGGCACCGCUUGGUAACAAGAUUGAAAACUACAUGCCCAUGAGCCCUAUGUGUGUCUCCUCCCCAAAGCAGAUCAUCAAUCCUAGGACACACCCUCUCACUGUGGCCAACGGCUACAGGACCAGCUCGCCCUGCAGCUGCUGUCUGGAUGACAGUAGCUAUAUGAGGAUGCUGUGUAGCUCCAAACUCUCUGUAGAGAGCUCAGAUGGGAAACUGGCCAACACCGAGUACCUCAACAUGUCUCCCGUAGACCUGUGUGUCUCUGACACGCCCCCAGAUUACUUCCCCACCACUGUGGGUGGCACAGAGCAACAGCCUCCUCUCAGACAUCCCUUCUCUUACAGCUCUUUGCCUCGCUGCUACAAACCCCAGCAGAAGACAGAUAAUGGUGACAGUGAUCAAUAUGUCCUCAUGAGUCUAAAAAACUGGAAAAUUGUGGAGGAGCCAGAGAAAGCAGCUCCCAAAAUAACUCCCUCUCCUCUGAAGCAAAGCAGAGCUGACAGUUUGCUCCACAGGUCCAGGAUCAGUCGACCCACGCGUCUGCCUCUGGAUUUGGUUCGUAUGCUGCCUAGCAUGAAUGAGCACCCUGUGCCCUCUGAGCCCAAAAGCCCUGGUGAGUACAUAAACAUAGAUUUCAGCCAUGCCACUCUGAGGUACUCCCCACCCUCCACAGAGAGCCCUGCUUCAUCCAUGAGCUCGUCCAGCGAGCAGAGGAGGUCCCUUCUUUCGGACUACAUGAACAUUAACGUAAGUUCAGAGUCACCCAAGUCUGGAGAUGUUGCUCCAUUCAGCCCUCUGGAUACCAUGCCAGAGCUGGCAGCCUGCCCCGCCCCAUGUGAGGAGGAGGGAGGAAUAAAUAGUUAUAACCUCACAUCACAGGUGGAACCCGCAUGCCAAGCUGGCAUGGCGAAGGACGAUUACACUGAAAUGACAUUCUGUGUGUCCAAUUCUCCUCCUCAGCCUCCAUCUCAGACCACUGACUGUACCAAACCUGCCAGCCCAUCAUCCUGCACACGGAGGUUAAAUUUGAGUGAAUCCAUGGGAGUACGACCGGUUGAGUCAUUCCUGCUGGGUGGCACCAACACACACCUGGUAGACCCAGACCGGGGUGCCAAGGUGAUACGUGCAGACCCCCAAGGACGACGGCGACACAGCUCGGAAACCUUCUCCUCCACCACCACCGUCACACCCGUUUUCCCCUCCUUCGCACAUGAUGCAAGGCGGCAUGGCUCAGCCUCCGUAGAGAACGUCUCUGCGCUGGCGAGGAACAGCGAAGGCUUAGAAGAGGAGCACGGCAGUCCCAUGUGCAGAGAGACAUCAGCGGGCUUUCAAAAUGGACUUAACUACAUCGCCUUAAACCUUAUGGACGACGGACUGGCCAGUUGCGAUGCUCUGGUUAGAUUCAAAGCUGCCAGCUGUUGCAAAGGGAGCAUGAGUGCAAUACAUGCCAGUCUCUAUGGAUUCAAGGACACAGCAACAGCAGUAAAAGACUAAACAGAUCUAGACUCCAUCCCUGCUCUGGUUCCUCAGUUCUUCCUCGGGACCAGGAGGUACAAGGAGUAGAGGAGGAGGAGAGGUGGCCAUGUGGACAGAUGGGCCACGCUGCUGCUGCUGUUGCUGCUGCUACAGCUCUUCCCUGAUCUUUGACCCCUGAACUUGUAUGAAUGGCUAUCGUCAUGGCAACACAGACACUUGACCUGCUCUUUGCCCUCAAUGACGUGGUCCUCUAUCUCUGUGCUGCUCUGAAAAUGACUCAAACGCUUGACAAAAAACAAAGGCUGGACCACACAUCUGUCUGUGUGUCACUCCACACUCACACCCCUCUAGAGUUACACAGUUCUUCUUCUUUUUGUUUAUGCUCCACUGGUUUUUUGUUCAAGUGCUCUGGAUGUUAAGAGGCCAGUGUUCCCCACAUGCAAAAACAUGUGAAUCAAACCUGGAGUGUAAUAUCUGCACAUUCUCACACAAGUGUACACAUGUGCGCACACACACGGAUACAUGCAUAACUACACGUUGCACAUGGCACGUAUUUAUUUUUUAUUUAUAUGUGUGCAUUAAGAGGUGUUUUGGAUGUAUGUACUCUGUGUGUGUGUGUGUGUGUGUGUGUGUGUGCGUGUGCGUGCGUGUGCGUGCACGCGUGUGUAUGCGGAUGGUUGCAGCACUGCACCAAGGUGGCAUUUCAUCACAAUCUUCACCAAUUAACUGAAACAAGUAGUUGCUUGAAAAACCCUACCUCAGAUUAAAGCCAGGUUUUGAGUUGCAUAUAAAAAAAUAUAUAUAUAUAUUAAAAAAACACUAUUUAUUUUCAGUGCUGAAUGUCAUAAAAAAAAAUGCCAAUCCAAAGCCUUACUGACUGUCAAACAGUGUUUUCUUUUGUUAUGGAAAUUUGUUAUGGACCUAUACACAUUUGCAAAGUAUCAAAGACCAACCGCUCGCCAUGGAAACUGAAUCGCUCUAAGUGCAGUAGAAGUGGCUUUCAUCAUGGACAGUGACUUCUGCAAUCAAAGAUUUCUUAUAUUGUUCUAAGUAUUACACAGAUAUUUAAAGGAUAUUAAUAUAAUUCUAUUUAUGAGUGCUGGUGAAUGGCAGGGGAAGCAGCGAUAUGCUGCCUUACACACACACACACACAGAUAUGCAUGGCAGGCUCUUGGAGAAGGAGAUUAGUUUGGAACAAAGUCAGCCAGACAGAAACCGAUACUCAUCGUACACAUGCGCAGUGUGUAUGAGUGUCUACCACAUAAGCACCAGAACACACUUUAACCCAUUACUUUUGGAUGGACAAUGAGACGGUAAUGACCCCUGCUUGCUCACCCUUAGUCACCACUAAAUAUCUUUACUCUUUACUCGCGGCCUUUCCUUUGCUUUAGACCAGGACAGCCAGCUCCAUGUGCUCGGUUCUGAUAGGCUCUGAUUGGUACACUAAGGGAGCAGUUGGUUAAUGGGACAGACACAUUUCAGGGACAUCUUGGGAGGCUUUAAUGCAUUGUUGCUGCACCAUAGUGUCAGACAGGGACCGUGCCUAUACCAGUGCCCAGUGCUUUGUCUCGCACUUAACACACGUUUUUGAUUGUAACGCAAGACAAAUUUGAAUGUAGAGUAUUCUGCAGCUCCCUACAAGCAAAGCAAAAUGAAACCGAAACCAUUUAAAAGUCACAAAACUAAACCCCCUUAACCAGUGAACUGAAACUGACACAUGCAACCUGUUUAAAGGAACAGUCCACUGUACUUCCAUAAUGAAAUAUGCUCUUAUCUGAAUUGAGACGAGCUGCUCCG